AUGCUGGAUUAUGAAACCAGGUUUGCGGAGCUUCACAGCAAAGCCCUGGCGCUAGGUCUAUCUCGAAAGGAGCUGUUCGAACUACCUAGCGUAAAAAUCUUACAGCGUGUUGGCUCAUCUCCCUCCUUAACACAGCUGCUAAGCCAGAGAAACAAACUUGAAUCAGAACCAUGCAUCGUGGACAUGCCACCUAAAAUUCAGAAUGCCAUGAUGCCUCCUGUCGACUGCACCAUCUGCAAGAACCUCAAGAAAGUGUCUAGAAGGUCAUCACUGAGCCGAUACGACUUCGAAACAGAAUACGCUUAUACCGGGAUACCCGUCGUCGUCACCGACGGGGCUUCUAACUGGACUGCUUUACAGACUUUCUCGCUCAGCUUUUUUGAAAACGUGUACCAGAAUGCGGCAUUCAAAAUGUCUAGAAAUGCCUGUCAAUUCUUUCCUUACAAGACGGAGUUCAGAAGCCUGGAAGAAGUUUUCAGCAUGUCUGCUGAGCGGUCACGACUUCCAUGGUACAUAGGAUGGAGCAAUUGCAACCCUAGUGUGGCAAAUGUUCUGAGAAAGCAUUACCAGACACCGUACUUUCUGCCAGCAUAUUCGGAGGGCUCUACGCUCGACUGGAUUUUCAUGGGAAGCCCAGGUUAUGGUGCUCAUUUGCACAUCGAUCAUGUCGGCAAGCCGUCCUGGCAAGCGCAAAUUAAGGGGAAAAAACUGUGGACGCUGAAGCCCGUUCCCGAGUGUUACUCAACAUGCCACGAGCUUCAAGUAGUUGUACAUCCGGGAGAAAUAUUUGUUGUGGACUCCAACCUGUGGUACCACAAGACGGAGAUUCUCGGCAACGACCUAAGCAUUGCGAUCGGUUCGGAGUACGACUAAUGCGAUCGCCUUACUUUACUUCUUCAGUGUCGUCACGGGUAAAACAAAUGACUCUAAUAAAGAAAAUGUGUGAGCUUGAUCGGUA